CCCUGUAGGCGUUGACAAUUCAAUCUUUUAUCCAUAUCCAUUUUUGUCUUUUUAAAAUUUCGUAUAUAACACUAAAAAAAAUAAUUGAAAAAUGUGCUGCUCCAAUGAUUGUCUUGAAAACGGCUGUUGCCCGCUGGAUACCAAGGCGCUCUUUUUUGGCAUUUGGACUCUAACACAUGGAAUCUUUUUUUUGGUACUCUCAAUUUAUUAUUUUAUUGAUCCAACUGAUUGUCCUUUAUAUGCGGCCAUUAUCUCAUUUAUGUUGGCGUUAGUGCACACAGUCGCGGGAAUAUUACUGAUACUUGGCUAUUGGAAAAACAAAGGGUGUCCUUUUUUGUGCGGCAUAUUUAUGAGCUCCAUAAUUCCCUAUUUGUGCCUGCUGACUAUUUACCUACCAGUCAUUCAAAUAAUCUUCACUCUAACAUCAUGCAUGUAUUAUAGAAAAGAGAUGGAAACAAAAGCCCCGGCAAAAUAAUACCAGACUGAAGCUCAAGGUUUGAGAAUUCGGUUGCUGAUCUGGAUAAAAUCAAAUAAUUAAUUCCUAGAAUUUUUAUGGAAGAUCCAUUUUUAAUCGGAAAGUAUUCAAUAGGAAAUGGUUUUAGAAAAUUUUAAAAAUGCUUUACUGCUAGUCCUGACUAUGAUUAUAUUCUAAAUACAUAAAUGUCCAAAAUUGUAACUCCCUUUUAUAAGCGGCCCUCUUAAAUUAUAUUAAUGUAUUUGACACAAAAUUUUUUAAUGAAAUGAAAAGCUGACAAUGUCGUUGACAUAAACAAGUAAA